UAAGAAACCCCAACAAACAAAAACCCUUGCACAAUAUGGCCCUAAACUUGGAGUGUGUCGUGUGGUGUGAGACAGUGUAACUCGGAAGCGCAGCAGCAAUGGCAAGAGCGACUCUCCUUCACUUGCUGCGGUCACAGAGCCUCCGCCACGUGUCCAAAAACGCUCCUUCAGCAUAUCGUUGUUUUGGGUCCUCUACCUGUCAACGACCCAUUAGCCCCAAUCCAUCAUUCAAAACUUCCUCCCAUCUUGCUAUUUUCCAAAGAAGAUGGGCAUCACAAAUCCCAACUACAGAGGAAGACGACAAGAUUAGCAUCGGACCUCGUAGUGGAGGACAACCAGGGGAGGGUGACAAGGAAACUGGAGUCGUUUAUUAUGGCCCGAUCUCAAACACCAUAAAGAAAGUAAAACUUCUGUCUCUCUCAACUUGUUGCCUUUCGGUAUCUCUUGGUCCGGUCAUAACCUUCAUGACAUCCCCCGAUAUGAAUGUCAUCCUGAAAGGUGCAGUAGCAUCUUCUGUGAUAUUCUUGAGUGCUACUACCACCGCUGCCCUCCAUUGGUUUGUUAGCCCGUAUGUUCACAAGCUCAGGUGGCAGCCAGGUUCGGACAGCUUUGAGGUGGAGAUGCUGUCCUGGCUGGCAACUUACAUUCCAAAGACUAUCAAGUUUUCUGAUAUUCGACCACCGCAAACCAAUAGGCCUUUUGUGACAUUUAAGGCCAAUGGGAAUUUUUACUUCGUGGAUGCAGAGCACUGUCACAAUAAGGCACUUCUGGCUAGACUGACCCCAAAAGAAGUGAGUAAUGAGUCUCCUUUCAAGAACUUGUGAUUUGAAACAUACUGUUGUGAGCUCGCGGUAUUUUACUGUUAGCAUUAGAAGAGUAUGCUAUAGCCCUGCUUUAAUUUCUGUCUGUGGCUGGAAUUUGUUUUAUACUUUUUGAGAUUUGAUCUCUUGAUCUGAUACCAUAAACUGUUAGGUUUGCUUAAUUGCUUAAUAAAUUAGUAGCAGUGGCAUUUUGCAAACAUCAUAUAUGGGGAGAGUAUUUUGUACAAAUGUGAUUUUGUGCAAGUUUUUGUCAAAAUGAUUGAUGAUAUCCUCUACUAAUUUAUUGUUGUUUAGGUCCUUC